AAAGAAGUGGUACUUUGAUUCCGGUGCCACGCGCCACAUGACUCGUAUAGACGAUGAUUUCAUUCGGCAAGAGCCAAUUGCGCACGCGGUAGAUACUGCGAACAACGGAAGCAAGCUGCCAGUGGCAAAGGAAAUGGUCAAGUUUGAGCUAAAUGAAAAUCUUAUUGAGGCCAAGGAAGUGCUGCAAAUUCCGGAACUGGCCACUAACCUUCUUUCAAUAUGCAAGAUUUGUGAGAAGGGACUGACGAUGGUAUUUAAUGCUGACAGGUGCCAAGUUCGUGAGAACGACGGCAACGUGAUCGCAUCUAGUAGCGGCCUGUACAUGCUGAACCGAAAGCAUGAAUAAACACUGAUGAUGAGUAGCACGGUCAUCUGGCAGAAACGACGUCGCUUCUCUCUGUGGUAGCCGUUAUGUGAUGACGUUCAUCGAUGAUACGAACCGGAAGGUUUUCCUCUUUUUCCUGGAAUAGAAAAAUCAAGACAUUGAAGCCUAUGAGUACUUCGAGUCCAUGGUCGAGCGUCAAAUAGAGAGGAAACUGAAAGCUCUGAGAUCGGACAAUGGAACCGAAUAUAUCAAUUCAUUCUUCAUAUGCAACUUCAUAUGGAUUAACAGCAGAUGCAAUUCAUGAAAUCGCAUUCAGUCGAAGAGCCUGAUUCCAGCGGCGUGUCGAAAUCCAAACUGAAGCCGGAGGUGAUAAAAUUGUAAUUUUCAACAGCGAUACAAGUGACCCUGAGUACCUAGAUGCGAGCCUGCGCUUUCGUCUCAAUUUAGCGGAUAAACUGUUGAACAAUAGUAAGGGCUUAAGCGCAGCGAGCGGAAGCGCCGAUUUCCUGGCAAGUAUUCAGAUUUUGUUACAUAUAGUUCGUUUUCUGACGAAGUUGUUUCCCCUCCACUCCUCACUGAUGAUCUGCGAGAAAACGUUGGAUGAUCCUCAAAGUUACGAGGAAGCAUUAAACACACCAAAUUGCUACCAGUGGAUAGCUACCAUGCAUGAGGAAAUAGUUGCUUUGGAGACGAAAGAAACGUGAGAGAUUACCAAUCUUCCGAGUGACUGAAAGUCAAUCAGAAGCAGGUGGGUCUCUAAGAUGAAACCAGAACCGACUGUUUACGUCCAACAAUACAAGGUACGUCCGGUCCUCAAAGGAUAUUCGCAGCGACCCGAAAUCGAUUACGAUGAAGUUUAUUCCCCGGUGGUACGAUUGGGCUUGAACAUGAUCUCGACGUAGAACAGAUGGAUGCUAUCUGCCAUGAGGAUUUGCUGACACUUUGAAACAAGUCUAUGGGCUGAGAAAGGCACGUGAACGAUUUCAUGUGAGGCACAAGAUCAAGCAUACCGAUGUCGAUUGGGGAGGAUAGUCGGAUACCAGGAAAUCCGGGAUACGUUUUCAUGUGAAUGGGAAGAGCUGUGUCGAGGAACGGCACUGAACGGCACCCGACCGUUGCGCUGUCCUCGUGCAAAGCGGAAUACUUGCUUUCUCAUACCUCACAGGAAGCAGUUUCGUGGCACUACUUCAGUCACAGUUUUUUCGGUUUGCGAUGCGAGAACCAAUCCGUCAUCUGUAUUUCACGGAACCAAGGAUACGAUCCCCGAACCAUGCAUCUGAACAUCAGAUACCACUCAAUCCGAGAUGUGAUGGCGCAAAGAAUAAUCAAACUAGAAUAUGUGAACACGAAGCAGCAUCCUGCAGAUGGAAGUCCUUGACAAAAUAGAAGCUUGAAAACCAAGGCGCCUAGAAGUAUAUACUAAGGUGGGCCAACUUGCUAAAACCACUCUUCAGCCAUCUUGGAAGUCUACUGUGUUUUGUUUGUAAACAAAACACAAUACGCUAUUGCCGGAGCUCGCUCGUGAUCAGUCUGUCUCUUUCACGCUACAAGCAAAUAAUUCCCCUUCUACUUUCUUCCGUACUGUUUUCAUAUACCGCUCCCCUAAACAACUUAGUGACGAAACGGCCUCACCUAGUACCAUAGACCCGUCUUGUUGAAAACAACGAGAAUCUGAUUGGGUUGGAAUGUUGUAAUCAUAGCAAUCGGGUUGAAAGCAAGUUAAUAAGCAACGCUUCCAUUGUAUACUUCCUAGCAACGCAUAGCAACCUCAUUUGUUCUGUUCUUCAACAAUACCGGAUGUAAUUUUAUUUUACUCUGCAAAAAAAAUUAAUUUUCGAACAUCGAGUACUCCGAACAAUACACGUACAGGAAAACAGAGCAUAGAGUGAAAGAGUGUGGAUCAUGCACUGGUACAACUCUACGAGGAACCCAGCAUUCAGAAAGCCACACAGGCUGCACGAGUGCGAUAGUCAGGUACAAGAAGCAGUCCAGCGAAUGUGAUGGUUGGACCAGGUGGAGCAGGACUUGGUAAGAAUUGGUUUAGUCCAGGGUUGGAGAACUGCAGCCAUGGACUGGGUUUGUUGGCGAAACAAUGUUGUGGAUAAUAUCUAAACUCUUCUAUGACGUUAUGAAAAGAACAUUUUCGUAAUUGACUCAGUAUUGUCUUAGUGCGCGUCAAUGAUUGACUGCAAAUUUCGAAUGCUUAUAAUUCGAGCAUUUCCUCAUACACUGCGUUUCAAAAUUAUAGAACCACUCAUUUUUUCUAAAUUUCCAGAGAUAUACAAGAAGUCGGAUGAAUUGAAGUAAAUGGUGUAGAAUAUAAGACUGGUCAAUUCAACGUUAUUGUUGUGAUCAGGCGCGAAACAUUAAAAAAACUAAAAUUCGAGUGUUUCAUAACUAUAGAACCAGAUGGAAAAACUCUCACCCCUUUACAAAAUUAAAAUCGAUUUCACAUGAAUUACGAUAAGUUUCUAAUUCGUAGGUCAUCUUUAGUUCUCAAUCAGUUCAAAUAACCUGUUCGGGAUGGUUACGACCAGAGAUGCCAACCUUCCUGAUUUUGCAGGAUUCCCCAGACUUUAGUGGGACGUUCCCUGACGUUACCUGACAAACACUCAAUUUUGCCUGAUUUUUCUGAAGUGAUCCUGAUUUCUCUUGAUUUUUGUACUUUUUACUUUAUCAGAAUGAAUAUUAACCGUAAAAAAUAUACUGGGAUCCCUUCCACAGUUUUCCUGUUUGGAUGUGAGAACUGCCAUAUUAGCUCUCCGAUUCGCAAAUGUAUAAUGCUUACAUUACAUUAAAUUCUCUUGAUACAAACCUUUACCUAACUCUUUUAUCAAUGGUGUCUAUUCUGUAUUUCAAUCGAUUCGAAAUAUUUCGAACGACUUGGUAAAUUCCAUUCCCUGUUUCGUUCGAGGUGUUUUCAAAUUCGAAUACCUUUCGUUCGGACUGUUUUGUUUUCGAACAUCUUUCAUUCGAAUCAAACCAAACGUCAAACCCACUUUGUUUAUGAAGGAGUGAAUAAUUUCCGCAGCGGAUGAGCGGUGAACUGCAAAAAUGGAAAAAAACAAAAACAAAACAACCACUAAAAAUCAGUUCGAGCGGAUUGUGCUGCUUCUGGAGCAAGAGCCGGACAUAGCAAAGGGUUUCUCCCGAGGAAAUUCCGGACCCUACUGGGAUGAUCUGGCGGCAGAAGUCAAUAGUUUGGGACCGCCUAUUCGCGAUGGAAGUGGAUGGAAAAAGGUUUGGGCGGACUAUAAGUCCGGAUUAAAGCGAAAACUCGCUCACAACAAACGGGAGCAGAGGGCGACAGGUGGAGGACCCAAUAAAAUUAUCAAUUUGUCCGAGCUGGAGGAGCAGGCAGUUCUACUAACUGGGUUACUUGCGACCGUGGAAGGAAUCCCGGGUACCUCAUCUCAUGGAACACAGUUGGGUUCGCCUUCGGGUGAACCUCAAGCUGCAGACCAGGAAAAUUUUAUAUAUUAUGGUACUUCCGACGAGUGUGACGGUAUCAAUAAUACCAUUCACUUCCAGCCCUCUCAGCCGAAAAAAUCCAGACCUUCUACCACGAGGCUAUUAGAGCUGCAAGUCGAGCAACAAAACAAAUUUCACACCAAUGUGAAAUCCCUGUUAAAAAACACAAACAAGAAUUUGAGUGAUCUGGUUCAUUAUCAGCGCCAAUCAGCUCGAGCGAUUCUUUCCGUGGAUGCCACACUCAAAGAACAUCUGAGUGAACAAAAACGACAUAACCACGAGAUGGAGAAGAUCGCGCUGGAGAAAUCAAUAGCGACAAAUCCUUGAAACGCAGAUUGCGUAUAUUUCAGAACAUUAGAAUAAUGUUUCAAAAUAUCAGUGAUCUGAUUUUUUAUCUUUAUAUUGUAACUCAAGUAUAAAAAAAUGAAAAAAAGUUCUAAUCGUAUUUUUAUAUCUUUCCAUGGAAGAAAAAUCUUACUUAAUUUUUUCUUUGAAGUUUGUUUGGAAUAGCAUCAAAAUUAUAUAAACUUUUUUAAAAUUCACGAAUUUCGCCUAUAGUUUAUGGAACUUCCUUAACCCCUUCACGUACAACAUUGAACUUCACUCGUUGUUUCUCGAUGUGAAAUAAUUACAUAGCUUCAGGCAUAUGAUGAGGAUACCGACAACUGAAGAUUAUAAAAUUUCCGUUAUUUAAAAAAAAAUUGAAUGAGCUAAAAAUAUAAAAUAUAAUU